AUGGGUCACGACGUGGGCUUCAUGGGCCUGCGCGCCACCAUGCGCCCUUGGUCCUAUGCAGGAGAGGUGGGUCCCAAGCACUGGCCCAACAGCAGAUACGAGUAUGUGAUGAAGCUGAAACAGGCGGCGCUCAACUUCGCCAGGAAACGCUGGGCCGACUACAUCCUGUAUGCAGACACAGACAAUAUCCUGACAAACCCAGACACUCUCAACCUGCUGAUAGCGGAGAACAAGUCAGUCAUUGCUCCCAUGCUGGACUCCCCGGGAGCGUACUCCAACUACUGGUGCGGUAUUACUCCACAGGGAUAUUAUCGUCGAACAGCGGAGUAUUUCCCUACCCGCUACCGUCACAGACUAGGCUGCUUCCCAGUACCAAUGGUCCACUCCACCAUACUGCUUGACUUAAGGAAGGAAGGCAUGAAGCAACUGGCGUUCUACCCCCCUCACCAGGACUACUCCUGGCCCUAUGACGACAUUAUAGUGUUUGCUUUCUCUUGCCGAGCCGCAGAGAUACAGAUUUAUUUGCUUAACAAGGUGCGCUAUGGCUACCUGAACACCCCAGCCAAACCCCACCACACCUUAGAAGACGACCGGCUCAACUUUGUCCAUCUCCACAUCGAGUCCAUGAUUGACGGCCCUCCUAUGUACGCCUCCCGCUACGUACAUGUCUUCCCGAAACAGAGAGACCUCAUGGGCUUUGAUGAGAUAUAUCUGAUAAACCUGCGUCGCCGUCCCGAUCGCAGAGACCGGAUGUUGUUCUCGCUCAACGAGCUGGAGAUUGAUGUCAAGGUGGUCGACGCUGUGGACGGGAAUGCCCUGAACAGCAGCGAUAUCAAACUCCUGGGUGUGGAUCUGCUGCCAGGCUACUAUGAUCCUUUCUCUGGGCGCACGCUGACCAAAGGGGAGGUUGGCUGCUUCCUCAGUCACUACUUCAUUUGGAAGGAGAUGGUCGACUUGCAGAUGGAUAAGGCUUUGGUGUUUGAAGAUGAUGUCCGUUUCCAGGCCAACUUCAAGCGGCGAGUCCUCAGACUGAUGGAGGAAAUAGAGCUGGUGGAGCUGGACUGGGAUAUCAUAUACCUGGGCAGGAAGCAGGUGAAUCCCGGUAAUGAGAAGAAUGUGGAGAAUGUUCGAAAUCUGGUGGUGGCUGAGUACUCCUACUGGACCCUGUCUUACGCCAUCUCCCUUCAAGGAGCCCAGAAGCUGCUCAACGCCGAGCCGCUGUCCAGGAUGCUGCCCGUCGAUGAGUUCUUACCUAUUAUGUAUGACAAGCACCCCAACGAGGACUACAAAUCCCACUUCCCGAACAGAAACCUGCAAGCCUACAGCACGCGCCCUCUGCUGGUCCAGCCGUGUCAUUACGCCGGUGACCCUCAGUGGGUAAGUGACACGGAAACGUCGACGUUAUGGGACGAUGACUCAGUGCGCACUGAUUGGAGGGGCUCCCACAAGACACUGAAAGGUGUUGCGCCUCCGUCAGAGAUGCUGGCAAGCGCCUACAGGGAUGAACUUUAAGAGACAGGAGGCCGCCGGUCAGUCCGUAACGAGUUCAAAGCUCAAGGGUCACAAGGUCAGGGAAAACUGCUGAAAAGAGUUAAGAGUCGUCAAAUGUUAUUUCAGGUCAUUGGGCGUCAGCCAUUAUUGACCUGCUGUAUGCUAAUCGAUCCGGACUGGGUUUCUCGAAACGCCUUUGUACCUCCGUUGCUGAAGAUGAGAUUCGUGAUAAGAUCAUUUGAGAAACCCCCAUGUGAGGAACUAUAUGCAUUGAGGCCGUAUUUUGGGACUUAUAAACCUUUCGCCACUGCGUGCCUGGACGUGUGUUAGUGUUGUCAAACUUGUACUCUUGACUUAGUCGUUGAAAUGUUUGGUUUUCUUCAGGUGUGCUUGGGAUUCGCUUGCACACUAGACACAACCAAAAGUGCUUCAGCGGGAAAAUUCACCCUACGGAAAAUAAUGUAAGCCUGUCCUGAACAUUUUUGAUGUUCCGACCAAUUACGUGUAGGACUUGAGAUAUAUUAUGUAUUUGGAAUAUGUGGUUUCUGAGGGUAAAUUUCAUGUUCAGAAUGGCCCACCAUUAGUACUUUUUUGAGAAAAGGAUUUAGGAAGCACCUUUUCGAGGACUUUUAUUUUGUUAACAUGUCUACCACUGACCAAGAGGCUCCAGUAUCUGCACUGCUCAUUAUUCCUGGCUAGACUGGACGAAAGCCUGGUUCUUUAUUUAUUAUUACCGUCAUUUCCCUCUGCGCCCGUACCUGGCUAAAUCAUUAUAUCUGUUCUUACAAUUCAGGUGGGGCAGAUUUAGAGGUUUUAUGAUUGUUCAAUCCAGUAGUUGUCCAGUUACUACUUUUUUUCCAGGCAAAAUUACCAUAUUUAAUGUUACAUCUUUAUACGUAGACUCCAUUAAGUCCAUUCUAGCGUCUUAUUUCUUUAAGGGGAAUUUUGUGUCCAGUAAGUGCUGGUGGUCUAUCUAGUCUUUCAAAACUAUGACAACUCGUCUCGACUGAGGAAUUGGUCUAAAUGCCUAGUCGUUGCCUACAUGUCCCAGUAUGCACUACGCCAGUUUCCCCAGGAGAUUAGCAAACAAACGCCUCAGCCAAUCAGAGCUGUGGUUCUUCUAAGAAAAUCUGACGUCAUAUGAUGGCGGAAGUAAGUCACUUUGCUCAGGUGGACUACGGUGAUACAGACAACAUUGGCAGGUAUUGUAUACGUGAUGCCCCCCAAGGUUGAAAAUGGGAUACCUUUCCCCUUUAACUGCAAUACCAGGGGCGGUAAAUUACCAAUGGCUCACUCACCUCACUAGCACUUGUGUUUUUGCACGUGAAGAAGCUCAUCAGUUCCCCUCUUGUCAGACGGAGGGUCGGGAUGAAUUUUGACUGAACAUUUGACGUUAGGGUAAGUCUUCAAUUUAGAAAUUUGUUUGAACACAUAACACAACAUUCAUAUGACCUCCCCUGGGAAUUCAACAUUUCCCAACACACAAAGUUGUAAGCAGUAAUGACUAUUUCACGUGUGUAGAUGAUUUACGGCCUCUGUAUCUGGCAUCACGUGAAGGCAAAAAAAAUAAUUAAAUAGUGGGUGACCUUUUAAAGUGUUGCGAAUGGGUUCGGUUCCCGUUCCCGCGUUGCUUUUUUUGUCCUUUUGACAUUUGCAGUUUUGGGGCCACAGUGUCACUACAAUUACCCUUCUCCAAACAGCACCAUAACGACUGGAAAUCGGUGCCUUACUGAACACUUCAACAUGGCAGGUGCUUGCUGUCAAGCACACUUUGUAAAUCACAACAUUUGACUAACAAGGUACACGCUUCAUUCACUCCACAGAAAGUUGAACGAAUCUGUUCAUCUGGACACAACACUUCAUCACUCAUCUACGUGGCCUCUUCAGUCUAAACUGACUGCAGGUAUCCCCACCCUUAUAAACAACACAGCUGCAUAACGACCCAAACCAAUGAUCGGUUUCAUAUGCAAACUGACGUGACCAUAAACUCAACUCAAAGAAGGUUGAAUCAGUUCCUCUGGACCCAACGUUGUGUCCAGAUAACUGAUUCAACCUUCUUCGAUUUUCUUACCUGGAUUAUUCAGCAUGCACGAAGACGACCGAAACCAACGAGCGGUUUCAUAUGCAAAUUGACGUGACCAUAAACUCAACUCAAAGAAGGUUGAAUCAGUUCCUCUGGACCCAACGUUGGGUCCAGAGGAACUGAUUCAACCUUCUUUGAUUUAAAAAAAAUUUUUUUUAACCAGCAUGCAUAAAGAUGAGCGAAACCAACCAUCGGUUACACAUGCAAAUUGAGAUGACCAUGAACUAGAUUUACAUAGAGGAUUUGGGCAUGUUUGCAAUCACAGCAUUGUAAGAUGUCGACAAAUGUACUCUUAGCCCCCCUCCCAGUUCAGGGUCAGUAAACGUUGCUUCCAGAUGAACCGGUCCGACUUUCUGUGAUUUCCUAACAUGGAUUACUGAGCAUGCAUAAAGACACGCCAUUCAUUUGAUUUCGCAUUACAUUUAUGAUGGCCUAGUUUCAUGUUUUCAUGUUUUCUGUCUGUUAUUAUCUGUAUCUUUUUCUACUACACGUGUCUUAAUUUAUUCGUCAAGUCUUUGUCGAUGUGAUUGACAGUAUUGAGCAGUACAACGUAAAAUAGAAGUGCAAUGGCUUCUCAGCCAAAGAGCUGACGGAGUAUUACAUGUUUGAUGUCACUGUUGAAGAACACAUUCGAGCAGCAAACGGUCGUUCAGGAGGCUUGUCUUUUAAAAGUGGAUGUCAGAUUGAGGGAGAAGUAUUCUGUGCUCAAAUGUCAAUAAAAUCUACCUUUUUA